AUACAGGUGUGUGCACGGAUUGGAUUGGUUGGCUCUCCUGCCUCCUACGAUCAGCUGGUCCGCCAGGUAGAAGACUUAAGAAAGGAGAACUCCCACCUAAGGAGGGAGCUAAAGGACAACAGCAGCCAGCUGAGCCGCCUUGAGCAUGACACAUCGGACAUGAAGGAGGUCCUUAAACAUCUUCAGGGCAAGCUUGAACAGGAUGUUGGCACAUCGGCAAGUCACUGUGACAUACUGGAUCAGAUGAAAGGUGAUGUCCAUGGUUUAUACAAUCAAUAUGCAAGCGCUGGUACAUCUGAAAGCUCAGUAAUGCUGGGUCGGGCUUCUGUAGCACCAUCUCAACAAGCAGAUAAUCCUCAGAAGAAGGGAAGGGCAGAGGGUCGUUCAAGUGGGACUUUAAAAGCAGAACUGGAGAGGGAAAGAUCUCUAUUGUUGGGAGAAAUUGACAAAGAAGAAAAAGAGAAACUCUGGUACUACUCCCAACUUCAAAGUCUGUCCAAGCGCUUGGAUGAGCUGCCUCAAGUCGAAACGUUCUCAAUGCAGAUUGACCUGAUACGCCAACAGCUAGAGUUUGAGUCUCAGCACCUGCGCUGUGUGUUAGAAGAAAGAUUUGGUACAGCAGAUGAAAUGAUGCAAAGAGCACAGAUUCGGGCUUCCCGUAUGGAGCAGAUUGAGCAACAGCUGGAAGAAAAAUGCAAGUCGAACAAACUAUCGAGCCCUGUGCAAAUCUUGAGUCUGUGGACAGACCAGUUCCAGAGAAUAUUACACAACCAGAAGACAACUCAGGGCAGCCAGAAAAUAAGGUAGAGGUGGUGUUCUGGCUUUUGUCAAUGCUGGCCACACGUGAUAAGGAUGACAUGUCACGCACUUUGUUGGCCAUGUCCAGCUCACAAGAGAGUUGCCAAGCCAUGCGAAGAUCGGGCUGCCUUCCUCUGCUACUCCAGAUCCUGCAUGAAACAGAACAGGAUGGAAGAGCAAAGGACUCUCAGAAUUUCAAAGAUGCAAGGAUGAGAGCCAAUGCUGCACUCCAUAAUGUGAUCUUCUCUCAACCUGAUGAAGGACAGGCCAAGAAGGAGAUGAGGGUUCUCCAUAUUCUUGAACAGAUUCGUUCCUAUACUGAAACGUGUUGGGACUGGAUGCUAUGUCAUGAGCAGAAAGAUGGUGCGCUAGAGAGUAGCCCAGCUCCUGUGCCUGUGGAACCACAAAUCUGCCAAGCAAGCUGCGCCAUUAUGAAACUAUCAUUUGAUGAGGAAUACAGAAGAGCAAUGAAUGAGCUAGGUGGUCUACAGGCAAUUGCAGAGCUCUUAGAGGUAGACUACCAGAUGCACAGAAUGACCAGUGAUCCACUCAGCCUGGCUCUAAGACGAUAUGCAGGAAUGGCCCUUACUAACCUCACUUUUGGGGAUGUGGUGAACAAGGCCACACUAUGCUCUCGGCGAGGCUGCAUGCAGGCAAUUGUUGCUCAUUUGGCUUCAGAAAGUGAAGAACUUCAGCAGGUGGCAUCAAGCAUACUAAGGAAUUUGUCCUGGCGAGCAGAUAUUAACAGCAAGAAGAUUCUGCGAGAAGUGGGAAGCGUUAUAAGUUUAAUGCAGUGUGCAUUGCGUGCCAACAAGGAGUCCACUUUGAAAAGCGUGUUAAGUGCUUUGUGGAAUUUAUCUGCUCAUAGCACUGAAAACAAGGCCUCCGUCUGCUCAGUUGAGGGUUCCCUUGGGUUUCUGGUGAGCACCCUUACAUACAAGUGUCAGAGCAACUCCUUGUCCAUCAUAGAAAGUGGAGGAGGUAUUCUGAGGAAUGUGUCCAGCCUUAUUGCCACACGUGAUGACUACAGGCAGAUACUGCGUGAGCACAACUGUCUCCAGACUUUGUUGCAGCACCUGAAAUCCCACAGCUUGACUAUUGUUAGCAAUGCAUGUGGGACACUUUGGAACCUAUCUGCUAGAUGUCCUCAAGAUCAGGAACUUCUCUGGGAUUUGGGUGCUGUCAGUAUGCUACGUAAUCUCAUCCAUUCCAAACACAAGAUGAUUGCCAUGGGAAGCGCAGCUGCUUUGAGAAACCUGCUUGCACACCGGCCUCUAAAAUACAAAGAUGCUUCUGUAAUUUCACCAGGAUCUUGCAUGCCUUCACUAUACAUGAGAAAGCAGAAAGCUUUGGAAGCAGAGCUUGAUGCAAAGCACUUGGCUGAAACUUUUGACUCUAUGGAUAAACAAGGACUAAAACCUCAACCAAUUAAGGGCCCUUUACGGCACAUAGAGAGUCUAGUAAAAGAUUAUGCUUCAGAUUCUGGCUGUUUUGAUGAUGAUGAAAUACCAAACACUUCCAUCAGUGCUGAAACAGGGAAUUCCUCUGUACUAUCUAUGUACUUAAACUCCUCCUUUACUCAGGGGCAGAAUGUGCCAAGAACUGGGUCUUUGAGGAAGGGUCUAGAUACAGAGAAAGCCAACAGCAUUAAACCAGAUCACAGGAAACCACAGGAUGAGAUCACUAUUGCUGACAAACUGGCAAGUUGUACAGUGGCAAAAAUAGAACGUUUGGUAGAAGAUAUCUCCACAAUGCACACUUCCUCUGAUGACAGUUUCAGUCUUAGCUCUGAGGAUCAUUGUGUUGACUGGCCCUAUGGCUCUGAUGAGCUUCAUGAAGCAAGGGCUCAGUCAUGUUCUCCUUGUAGACUAUCAGAGAACAGUGGCUUAGUAAGGAGAGAAAACCUAAGCAGGGCUCAAGCCCUGUUGCGCUUGAAAACAGCUUACACAAGUCUCUCUAAUGAUAGUCUGAACAGUGGAAGUACAAGUGAUGGAUACUGUCCUAGAGAACAUAUGAAGCCUUGCAGUAAAGCUGCAUUUAUGGAUUACAAGGAAGACUUGCAACGGUAUCAGAAACGUCCUAGUCGGCUUGAUUUAAAAAAUAUGUUCAGCAUAAAGUCUGAAAGAAAUGACAUGGAUGGUCAUGUUAAAGAAGAGCAGAACAAGGAAGAACAAAGUGGACAAAUCAGUUCUAGAAAAAGACAGCUAUCUAUCCCUGGACUGAAGAGCAUGGCUUUAGAACAGGCACAAGAAGAAACUACUAUGGACAAUUCCAGCAACAAAUUUCCUGUAGACACCUCUGUGCAUACCAUAAAACUUUCUCCUUCUUAUAAGCAUAUUUCUGGACUUGACAGCUUAACAAAGAAUGGGACUGGAUUUUCUGGUAACAUUUUGCAUCAGACACUUUCCAUGAAGAAAAAGGCUUGGUUGCACCCAUCACAAACGCCCGAUACAGUUUCAAAAGCUUUAGAAACAGCCUCUGCUCAUUCUUCCUCAAAUGGAGAGCAGGAGUCACUGCAAAAAUAUGCAGUUGAAGGGACUCCAAUAUGUUUUUCUAGAUGCAGUUCCCUCUCCUCCCUUUCAUCUGGAGACAACCUCUUGGAUGGACCAAGCCGGAGUGAAAAUGAGAUAGACAGUGACUCCUCCUUGGAAAUUCUUGAGGUAGAAGAUGGCCAAAUGGAUCUUAAUAGGUGCAAUCGAGGUAGACAGAAACUUAUGGAGAAAAAUGGUGUUUCUCCUAGUUCAACUCAGCCUAUUGCUAUUCCCCCAACAAAGCCAGAAAAACAUUUCCUCCGGGACCUUUCACCUUCAAGAAAUGAAGAUAUGACACCAUCAAGCUCCUCAGAAAACUACAUUCAGGAGACACCAUUAGUAAUGAGUCGUUGCAGCUCAGUCAGUUCUUUAGGAAGCUUUGAGAGUCCUUCUAUUGCUAGUUCAAUUCAAAGUGAUCCAUGUAGUGAGAUGAUCAGUGGAACAAUAAGCCCCAGUGAGUUGCCAGACAGCCCUGGACAGACCAUGCCACCAAGUAGAAGCAAAACCCCAAGUUUUGACCCCAGUAGCUACCAAGAAAAGGAGGCUAGUCAGUUCAACAUUCAGUGGGAAAACAAUGUGAAAAAGUUCAUGGAGAUAACUGAUUUUAAGGAAAGAUUCCAGAUUCCAAGAGAUAUUGACUCAAUGAUUUACUUUACAGUGGAAAAACCUACAGAAAAUUUUUCAUGUGCUUCCAGUUUAAGUGCUCUUCCCUUGCAUGAACAUUAUAUCCAAAAGGAUGUGGAACUUAAACUGAUCCCCCCAUUUCCUGAGAAAAAUAGUUUGAACUUUGUAGCACAUGAAAAAUGUGGAGACAGUCAUGAAGAAAGAAUCCUGGGAUUUAUGAAAAAAUCUGAAAUUGAUCUUGUUUCAGAUGAUGAUAUUGACAUUCUGAAAGAGUGUAUCCACUCUGCUAUGCCCACAAAGCUAUGUAAAAUGAAAACAUCAAUGCUUUCUGGACACCUUGUGAAUGCUCAGACCAAAAAACCAGUUCAGCUGCCAGUGUACAUGUUGGUUCCUGCUCACACACAGCUGGCAGUAAAUAAAGGCUUUGGUACCAAAAAGGAAUUCAUUACCGAUAACUCUUCUUUCACAGACUCGGCAGAGGGAACACCUGUGAACUUUUCCAGUGCAGCUUCUCUUAGUGAUGAAACUCUGCAGUAUCCUAUUAAAGAAAGUCAAGACAUCAGACAAAGGCCAAGUAGUCGAAUGCAAAUGAGAGAUGUAGGAGCAAUGUUAGAUAGCCAUCAUCAGAGAGAAGAGAGAACACUGUUUUCAUCAGACAGUACUGCAGGCUCAGCAAAGAUCAAUACCAAAUCUGGCAUAUCUAAAAGUGGUGCUUAUACAAUGAAAAUACAUCAAACAGCAGACACAUUAAAGAGCACUGAAACACGCCAUAGAAAUUCUUCCAAAUUUAUUGGAAAUGCUGAGAGAGUAUCUGCUUCAGCUAGUCCCUCGAGACUAGAAAUAAAGCAAGGAGAAAAUGUUCAUGGGAAUUUAGCUUUCCAGUCUUUUUGUCAUACUACACCAACAGAGGAAGCAGUAUACUGCUUCUUUGAGGAUGAUGUUGGAUUGAUAAACUCAAGUAAAGAUGUUCAGAGGAUGAAAACUGAGCCAUCUAAAUCUCCAAGAAAAUAUCAGUAUUCUGGAACAACAAAGCGAGAGGCCAAGGAGCCUGUAAGUAAAAGUAAAUUGUCUACCUCUAAGUUCAGUAAUUUUAUAGAAGAUGAGCCUAUGCCUUGUUAUUCUCUCAGCUCUUCAAUGAGCUCCCUCAGUGACAUAGAGCCUGUAAGCACGCAGUGUAAGUUAAAUAAACCCAUUAAAAAUUUCUCUAGGCAACAAGGUUGGACAUCUACUACUCGUACUGAGAGGAAAGAUUCCUCAGCUAACCACACAUCAGAUGAAGAAAAAAGUUCUUCAGUGAUGCCCAGAAAGAGAAGGCUCUCAGCUCGGAAAAGAAAGCACAAACCUAAAAAUAAUGAGAAAAAAGAAGUUCAGCUAACCACAUCUGGGGAUAAGACACAAGUAGGUGAAGACUUGUCUGAUUUAGAUAGUGUGGACUGGGAAGCAAUUAAGGAAGGGGCUAACUCAAUAGUUAGCUGGAUACAUCAAGCUGCAGCUUCUAUUUCUGGAGAAUCAUCAGCUAUUUCCAGAGGUCCAUCUUUUGACUCCCUUAUGUCUAGCCCUUCCAUCUCCACCCGACAAAGUUUGUAUGGACAGCACAAGCAAAACAGCGAUAGGUCUCUGAGUUCCAAAAAUGGGACUUCAAGUCAACUAUCUAGUAGUAGUGAAGGCUCCAGAAGUAACAGAGGAAGGAGAGUAUUUAAUCAAGGCCAAAAGCAAACUUCUAAUAUUCCCAUGGUCCUUCGUGGAAGGACAGUAAUCUACAUGCCAGCACAAGAUAAAGCAACAGGUAGCAGGCAAUGCUACCAGUAUAAUCAACCUCAGGAAGAUACAAAAGUCACUAAUUCUAUGCGUUCUCGGAGUCUUCACCGCCUUGGAAAAUCUGAAAUUGCAGAGGAGAUGACAUUGCCAAAAAGAAGCGCAACACCUCCAGCUCGUAUCAGUACUGUGCCAUCUCACAACUCCUCUAGCAAUCCCACACCUUCUCGAAAAGCACAAUCCCCAGUGACCCCACCUUCUCCAAAGUCAAAAGGAGUAAGGAAUCCUCAGACUCCUGGGAAUAAAACUCAGAAGUCCCCUGUACGAAUCCCAUACAUGAGGAAAUCAAGUCCUCGAGCUCCACCUGGUCCAUCCCCACUGGCUAUAGAAUCUUUGAGUGCUAGUUCUCGUCAGAGCCCCAGCAAAAGGCCCACUGCCCAAAAUGGUCGUCUUAAUCAAAUGCGAAACAGUGAGACUGACAAAUCAGGAAUGCUGCGUCAGUUAACAUUCAUCAAAGAAUCAGCAGGAGGAAUGAAGCGACAACAUUCUGAUUUGUCUGUAUCACAGAGACAACACAGAGUUCCCUCCCAAAACAGUGCUGCUUUACCUGCUGUUUUUCUCUGUUCCUCUCGCUGUGAGGAACUCAAAGCACACAAAUCUCCCAAACCUAAAUCUCCAUCAUCCCCAAGCCGUCCACCACGAAGAACAAGUUCUGAGAGUCCAUCUCGACUUCCUGUCCGAAAUAUGCCACCACCACCAGAGCCUUUCAAAAGAUAUUCCUCUUCCCCUCACAUUAACCUUCCAUGGUCACGUGUAGAGGGAAAGCCAGGCCAUAGCACCUCAAAAAAUGAAGAUAAAAGAGUUCCAAGGAUUGACUCUUCUCCAGGCUCAGGGAGAGCAACUUGGAGAAGAAUCCGUGAUGAAGAUAUUCCACAUAUACUAAGAAGCACUUUGCCUGCCUGUGCAUUGCCACUUUCUGAGGAGCACAGUGAGCCAAGAAGGAAAACAAGUGAUGCUGUAGUCCAGACAGAGGACAUCAACAUAACCAAGACCAAUUCCAGCACCUCACCUACAAUAGAGAGUAGAAACAGGACCAGCAUGCAUGAACUCUACAAUUAUGACAGAGUCAGGGAAGGGGACCUUAUCUGUUGUAAACUUACCUACAAGCAGACACAGCUCCCCCAGUAGGGCAGCCAGAGUUACUCCAUUUAACUAUGUACCAAGCCCUAUUGUAACAGCAACAAAGGAGACAGCUGGUAAAGUAACCAGUGAGUGA